AUGCCCAAGGAUGAGCUGGUGAUGUUGGACUCUUCGUCGGAUGAGAGUGAUGGCUCGGAGAAGGCCGAGGCUGCGGUCAAGGCAGAGGCAGAGGCAGAGGCUGCGGCCAGGGCAGAGGCAGAGGCUGCGGCCAAGGCAGAGGCAGAGGCUGCGGCCAAGGCAGAGGCCGAGGCAGAGGCUGCGGCCAAGGCAGAGGCCGAGGCUGCGGCCAAGGCAGAGGCCGAGGCAGAGGCUGCGGCCAAGGCAGAGGCCGAGGCUGCGGCCAAGGCAGAGGCUGCGGCCAAGGCAGAGGCCGAGGCAGAGGCUGCGGCCAAGGCAGAGGCCGAGGCUGCGGCCAAGGCAGAGGCCGAGGCUGCGGCCAAGGCAGAGGCUGCGGCCAAGGCAGAGGCAGAGGCCGAGGCUGCGGCCAAGGCAGAGGCAGAGGCUGCGGCCAAGGCAGAGGCAGAGGCAGAGGCUGCGGCCAAGGCAGAGGCUGAGGCUGCGGCCAAGGCCGAGGCUGCGGCCAAGGCAGAGGCAGAGGCUGCGGCCAAGGCAGAGGCAGAGGCUGCGGACAAGGCAGAGGCAGAGGCGGACGCCACUUCGGCCUCAUCGUCUUCGGCUUAUUCUUCAUCCUCAUCAUCACUCUCGCCCUCGGCCUCAGACGCGGACGACGGGUCAGCAUCGGCUUCGUCUAGCCGACCGGCUCUGCCUGUCCCCACACUCUCGUUUGAUCUCGACUUUGACACCGAGGCCGCCAGAGCUGACCCGCUGGCGGCAUUCGACAUGCUGCUGACGAGUGUGACGCCUGCAAACGUGGGCAGCACAGCUUCCACCCCGCCGCCGCUCAACCUCAGCGCCUCACUGAUGUCGCUCGAGCUCUCGAUGGCCAACCGCACCGAGUCUUUGGCGCCGGAUGCCACAGCCAGCACUGUAGCCGGCGACUCGCCCGCCGCUGCGCAGCCGUCAAGUCUUGCGCAGCUGCUCACACUCGAUGUCGACGGCGCAACCGAUGACGAGAGCGAUCCCGAGGCUGCCGCCGCACGCGCCAACAUGGUCGAGCUCCUCCUCGAGUCGGCGCUGCCGAAGACUCAGCUCGGCGCCAUUGACAUGCUCGACCUGUUUGGAGAGCGCUCGGUCCACACGCUGUACAAGGCCGCAGCCUCGUCAUCAGACGCAUCUGAUGACGAGGAGAUUGUGCAGCGCGUCCGCCGUCGCCGUGACACCAACCAGCCGCUCCACGGCCACCACUACGACGAGAACGAGCAGAUCGUCAUCGUCGAGCACCCGUCCGGCGACGCCCACAUCGACUACCCGUCAUCGCUCCAGGCCCUCCUCCGUAACCUCGAGCUCGAGCACGCCUCGCACUCGGAUGGUGACUCGGACGACUCGGACGACUCGUUGCUCAACGGCGAGACCCAGGCCCAGCUCGCCGCCGCCCGCGCCCGUGCCGCCGCUGACGAGCGCCGCGUCCAGACCGUUGCCGCGCUUAUGGCCGACCACUCGGACGAGGACGGCAUUGUGCCAGACAUAUUUGUGCCUGAGACCAAGGUUCCGCACGCGUACCGCCUUCGCUGGAUGUCGUCGUCCGACGACGACGCCGACUCGUCAGACACCGACCCUUCGCUCGGCCUCUCGUACACCUCAGACGGCGAGGAUGGCCUCCCGGGCCACCAUCACUCGCAUUCGCAGAAGCAUGUGGCACACAGCGACAACAAGGCCUGCUCAGUCAUGUAAGGGUGUCUCACACACACACUUUGCGCGGAUCGACGUCAUCGCCAUUCCACCACCCGUACGCGUUCGACGUGUCGCCGGCCACCCACCGUGGGCACGCCGCCUCGUUGCCGC